CCACGAUGAAAAAAUAACCCGCUAAAAUUCCUACAAUUUCACAUUUCUUCUUUUCAUCCCGCCAUCUGUUUCAGGGAAACGAAAUUCGAACAGACGUUCCCCCCAAAAAGCUUGCUUAUCUGUCAUGUCUCCACACCCAAAAUCCUGUCUGUGCCGUCUCAUUCUGGUUCUCCGUUCUCCACAGAGAAAAAAAGUUCUACUGCUUCUGUUUUUGGAAGAAGAAGUUGAGAGGUAGAUGGAGAAGAGGAGUCGCAACAACUGCCCCGGAGUUCGUCUCAUAGGUGGUAGAAUCUAUGAUUCUGAGAAUGGAAAAACUUGUCACCAGUGUCGGCAAAAGACAAGAGAUUUCUCCGCCCAGUGUAAGAACCAAAAAGGGAAGAAAAUAUGUUCCAUUAAUUUCUGUCACAAAUGUCUUUUGAACAGGUAUGGAGAGAAAGCAGCUGAUGUGGCACUAUUGGAACGGUGGAGUUGUCCAAAGUGUAAGGACAUUUGCAAUUGUAGCUUCUGCAUGAAAGCACGAGGUCACAAACCUACUGGUAUACUUGCGCACACGGCAAAAGAACACGGGUUUUGUUCUGUUUCAGAAAUGCUUAAAGUUAAUGGCCCUGAAAUACCCGAGACACAAACUUCUUCUAACAAGGAGACUGUAGUUGUUUUGCCCAUAAAGAGAGGAAAGGAAAAUUCCUUUGAUGGAAACAGUGGUACAAAUGUUGAUUCUCCAGAAAAAUUUGCAAUAACAGAUGAGAGUCGCUCAGAUAAAACAAAACGACGAGGGUUGAAGGAAAUAAGCAAUAGCAGUGUAGACGAUAAUGGUGCAUUAAAGAAGAGUAGGGCAAAGAAGCCAAAAAUUUGUGAGGAUGUUAAUAAGAAGAAAGUGAAGACGAGUGAAAAGGAUGGAUGUGAACUUAAGGAGAAAAAAAAGUCUGAGAAACAGAUUUUGAAGGCUGCUUCCUUUGAUGUGGACCACAAUGAAGACAGAAAUAGGGGAACAUGCAAAGAUGCUGAUUUUCCAAUUGAUGUUGAAAAUGAUAGUGGCAGAAGCGAGCUAAAAGCAGCCAUAGACUCUGCUCAAGUUUCAGAGGGUCCAAAUUGCAGAGACCAAAUCUUGAAUGGUUAUUAUAAUGGUAAUGCUGGUGCCAGCCUCAACACAACCUUAAAGCCUUGCACAGUUUUAGGUGAUGCAAGUUAUGAAGAUGCAUCACUCAUAGAAGGCAUUAGAAGUGAUAAUGAGGAAGCUAAGCAGAAGGCAGCAAUAGAGUCAUGCCAUUUUAAGAUGAGUGCUGAAGAAUUUCAGAACGAAAAAUUUGAUGCUAAGAUUCAAUUGCCUCAAGGCUCCAGGUUGACAAUUGUGGAAGACGUUCUGUUACCUCAUGAAGAUGUUGGGCAUGCAUUACAAUUCUUAGAAUUCUGUUCAUCUUUCGGGAAGGUCCUAAAUUUGAAGAAAGGAAACACUGGAAUUGUAAUUAAGGAAAUUGCACUUGGGCAAAGUGGUCGUCGCUCGUACUACUCUAUAGUACCCUGGAUUCACAUUCGAUUAUUGUCUUUAAUACUGGAAGACAGGGGAGAAAAAUCUAAAUCUCUUAAUUCAACAAAAGGAAAACAUCCGUGGGUACAAGCUCUAGGGAAACUUGUCUCUCACUACCCGUACAUGUCAAGUGAGUUCUCUCCUGACUGUUUCGACGGGGGCAUUGAUGGAUAUGGGAAACUAACUAUCACAAGAAGGUUCAAGCUCUUGAACUUUCUAUGUGAUGAAGCACUUAGCACCAAGUGCUUGCGGAGGGUGAUUGAUGAUCAAAAUUCAAAAUUUUUACUGGGGGAGAAGGAGGCUAAAGAAAAGGUUUCAGUAGCAAAGGAAAAGAAAAAGGGCUUGAAGCAGAAGAUGCAUGAUGAAUUGGCUAAAGUCAUUAUGGCAAAGAAUGGGGCUUCCCUUUCAAUUUCUGAGCAUGAAGCUCUAGUUUCUCAAAUAAAAAGUAAAGCAGCUGAAGCUCAUAUGGAGAUGCUGGAGGCAAAGGGCAUGGCACAAAAAAUGGGACAGAGAUCUGAUGCUGUUAGAACAGAGCCCAUCCUUUCAGAUGCUAAUGGUUCUGUACUCUGGAAAUUGAGGUGCUACAGUGGGGAACCAAAUGUUUUGCUUCAAGAUAUGGGGACCUUGGAUUCUGAUGCUCAUGAUGAAAAGUGGUUUUCUUAUGACGACCAGAAAGAAGAAAUUGAGAAAUGCAUUUCUUCUUUAAAGUAUGUUAGAGCUUUGCCUUUCACACUUACGAGAAAACGGGUUCUAGGCCGCGGCCGCUGUUUGGCUGCAUAAGGAUAUGGCACACUUUCAAUCUGAAAUGUAGCUUUUGCUUAUAUUUUGUAUUUUGUCUGUUCUCCAUGUGGAACUGGAUUACAAAAGAAGAAAAACUAAGUUCCAUGGCAUCUUUCUAAAUGUAGUCAUACUGUUGCAGAUACUAAUGGAUCGGCCUUGUAGUUCUCUUGUCUUGUCAUUCAUUACAAUUCUUGAUUAUUAGUAGCUUGGUG